CGUACACUGAAUGUGCAAGUCUUUGAAGCGGGCACUAGCGUCCACGUUCCGGCGGAGAGUGAAGAUGUCGGCGCCGGAGAGCGGAGCCGUGUGGGACGAGGCGGAGGAUGGCAUUGCUGAGGAGAUUCUCAAGAUGGGCACGGAGGAAAUCAUACAGCGUACACGUCUCCUGGACAAUGAGAUAAAGAUAAUGAAGAGUGAGACGAUGAGAAUUAACCACGAGCUCACAGCCAUGAAGGAGAAGAUCAAGGAGAAUACAGAGAAGAUCAAGGUGAACAAGACGCUGCCGUACCUGGUCUCCAAUGUUAUUGAGCUGCUGGAUGUAGACCCCACAGAGCAGGAGGAGGACGGUGCCAAUGUGGACUUGGACUCUCAACGCAAGGGCAAGUGCGCCGUCAUCAAGACUUCCACUCGCCAGACGUACUUUCUGCCUGUCAUCGGACUGGUUGAUGCCGAGAAGUUGAAGCCUGGAGACCUUGUGGGAGUGAACAAGGACUCCUACCUGAUCCUGGAGACCCUCCCCACAGAGUACGACUCUCGCGUCAAGGCCAUGGAGGUGGACGAGCGACCGACGGAGCAGUACAGUGAUGUCGGCGGUCUGGACAAGCAGAUUCAAGAGUUGGUGGAGGCCAUUGUGCUGCCCAUGACGCACAAGGAGCGGUUUGAGAACCUGGGCAUCCAACCCCCCAAGGGAGUGCUCAUGUAUGGGCCCCCCGGCACUGGCAAGACUCUUUUGGCCCGCGCCUGUGCUGCUCAGACUAAGGCCACAUUCCUGAAGCUGGCCGGCCCACAGCUGGUGCAGAUGUUCAUUGGCGAUGGCGCCAAGCUGGUGCGAGAUGCCUUUGCGCUGGCCAAGGAGAAGGCUCCAACCAUCAUCUUCAUCGACGAGCUUGAUGCCAUUGGAACGAAGAGGUUUGACAGCGAGAAGGCUGGGGACCGUGAGGUCCAGCGCACGAUGCUGGAACUGCUCAAUCAGCUGGAUGGCUUCCAGCCAAACACGCAAGUCAAGGUGAUUGCGGCGACGAACCGCGUGGACAUUCUGGACCCUGCUCUGCUCCGAUCAGGACGGCUCGACCGCAAGAUCGAGUUCCCGAUGCCCAACGAGGAGGCGCGGGCCCGCAUCAUGCAGAUCCACUCCCGCAAGAUGAAUGUUAGCCCCGAUGUAAACUUUGAGGAGCUGGCACGGUGCACAGACGACUUCAAUGGAGCACAGUGCAAGGCCGUGUGUGUGGAGGCAGGCAUGAUUGCGCUCCGCCGUGGAGCCACAGAGCUCACACAUGAGGACUACAUGGACGGAAUCUUGGAGGUGCAGGCCAAGAAGAAGGCCAACCUGCAGUACUACGCCUAGACCCCACGGCCCCUCUGUGGCACAUGCAGGCUGGCCGGUGGCGCGUGUGUUUGUCCAUGGUAUGAAUCGGUGUUUAUUGAUGUUUCUUUCUCAGCCUUAAGACUUAGUUCAGUGGCUCCUAAUCGUUUCAGUAUGGACGCCCCCCCCAAUUACGAAUGCCACAAUAUACAUAUAUUGCAUGUCCACGCCUGUAGUUGAUUGGUGAUAUUAAGGCAUUUAUGAAGGCAUUUUUUAAUGUUGUGUACGCGUUUGUUUUGUCGCCGCAUGCGGCUUACGUUCCUUGCGCACAUUAAACAUUUCUUUGCGUAGUGGGGGGGGACUGGCCUCCGUUGAGUAGAUCAGCCACGUGGGCUGUGUUGGGUGUGCUGACACUGUGCCAUUAGGUGAGUAAGGAGGGUGGGGGUAGGUAUGUAUUAACAACAGUGGCAAAGCUGGAAAUAUGGAUGGGUAGAGUUCUGGGUUAAGGUAGCAAACCACCCCCACCCUUUGUGUAAAUCGCACAGCCCAAGCAAAACUGGCUGACACUGGGUGAGUGAGUGAGCGGGGCAUCCAUGCGGCAGUCGGGUCACGAGUUAUGGGUAGACUUAGUCAAAGUGCUCUUUCGUUGGGAGAGAUGUAAUAGCGACUGAUUUGAGCAAUUGUGGUGACGUUUCAUUUUUGUAAUAAAAUGAAAGAUGUUCUCUGCUGAAA